AUGGCCGCCCCCGACGAGACAACGCCGCUGAUUCCCGACACCACAAAGCAGCCAGCCUCUAGUCAUGCUGUCGUCGACGAAGAGAACGAUGCCGUACCACCGAGUCCGUCUAAGCCGCCAGUCGAGGCGUCGAUCAGCGUGGGCAGCAUCAUUGCCGUGCUCCUUCUAGGCGAAUUCAUCUCCAAUGCCGACUCGACGCUCAUCAUGACCGCGACGGCGCGCAUUUCGUCCGAGUUCAAUCGUUUGCAGGGCGCUGCCUGGCUGUCCACGGGGUAUACGCUCGGAGUGUGUGUUGCGCAGCCGAUGUACGGCAAACUGAGCGACGUCUAUGGCCGGAAACCGCUCCUGCUCUGGUCGUACUUCUUCCUUGCCCUGGGGUGUGUGGUCUGUGGACUGGCAACAGAUAUGUGGGUUGUCAUCUUGGGACGUGCUCUCAGUGGUAUUGGGGGUGCUGGGGUGAUGACCAUGAGCUCCAUCAUCAUCACCGACAUUGUGGCUAAAAGAGAGGUCGCAAAGUGGCGGUCCUUUGUGAACGUGUCCAUGACCCUCGGCCGCAGCAUUGGAGGCCCCGUUGGCGGAGUCCUGACAGACACCAUUGGAUGGCGAUGGGCGUUUCUCUUGCAAGCCCCGUUACUCGGGCUUGCUGCCAUUCUUGUUAUCAUUCAGCUCAAGCUCACUCCACCUGCUUCAUCAAACGCGCCGUCCAAUGCAUCCAGAAUUGGCCGGAUCGACUUCCGCGGUGCUUUCCUGUUGGCCACGAGCAUUGCUGCCAUCAUCCUCCUUCUCGACCAGGGCGGGAAGUCAUUCGCAUGGGCAUCGCUGCCAACAGCAGUCCUUUCCAGCUGCGCAGCGUUGACGCUUGCACUGUUCAUCUACACUGAGCUCCACGUAGCAGUCGAGCCGAUAUUCAACAUCCACAUCCUCCGCCGCCCAAAUGUCGCGGCCAGCUACCUGGUCAGUUCGCUCCAGGUUGCUGCACAAGUGGGAAUGAUGUUUACUGUGCCGCUAUACUUCCAAGUGACCGCGAGAGCAUCUAGUACUGUUGCGGGUGCACAUCUGAUUCCUGCCGUUGCUGGUAAUACCAUAGGUGGCCUGGCGUCUGGGAUGUUUAUUCGAAGAACCGGCAAUUACAAGCCGGUGCUGGUUGCCGCAGGCCUUAUCGCGUGUAUUUCGUACGUACUGCAAGUUACUCGAUGGAAUGGACACACCGGGUUCUGGGAGUCUCUGUAUAUAGUCUUUGGGGGGGUGGGCAGUGGAUCUGCGUCGUCGGCGGCAUUCGUGAGCAUGACAGCUUUUCUGGAGCCGGAGGAGAUUGCAAUGGCCACUGGAGGGUAUCUUUUGCUGCUCAGCUUUUCUAUUACCGCAGGGAUCACGUCGAAUUAUACGCUGCUGGGAACGGUGUUCAGGAGACAACUACAGAGCCAGUUGCAUGGGCCGGGCGCACGGAAAAUUAUUCGCCGCGCGCUGUCGAGUAUUGAAUACAUUGCGGGCCUGACAGGAACUCUGCGCGAGACGGUUGUUGGGAGCUACGUUGCCGGUUUGAAGCACGCCUACAUUUUCUCGUUUGUAUGUUCUCUGCUGGCGUCGGUGACUGCCCUGACUGCGAGGAACCAUCGGCUGUAG